UCCUUCGGAGAAGCAGUUGGAUGCAGGCAUCUGCUGGGCUGACACGUAACUAAAGUUAAAGGUGCUAUGGAGGCCUUGUCGGGGACUUGAGGUUUUACUUUUCCCAUAAGCGUCUUUGAAUUGCGUCGGAAAAGUCUGCAAGGGGAAACGGAAAAGCAAGCGGGAGCCGUGAGCCUCGGUUUGUCCUGCAUUUCAACAGCGCAGAGCAGCAGUUUGACGUGAAGUCAAGCGAAAAUCUGCGCGGAUACUUUGAAGUCACAGAGGGGAGUCGUGAGUGGAUGUGGCUAUGCUAAAAUAAUGUAUCCAUCGGGAAAUAUUCGCACUUAACUCGUAUUUUCUGUUUGGAAAUGCUCGGGGAGUGAGGGGAGGGGGGGGUUUCUUCAGUCUUCACCAGGAGGUAAAAAAGUUGAGUCGGAAGUUUCCAGCAGCAGAGACGGGGCGUUCUCGUGCAGACAGCGGGGAGGGGUGCGGGUCCAACAUGGGAAACGGGGUGUGCUCCCGGAGGCAGCGGAGGAUCUUCCAGUGUCUCCUGCUGGUCACCGUGGUCUGCGGGAUGAUGUACGCGGGGAUGAUAUCGUAUGAGAUGCACAAACAGCUCAAGAGGACGGAGGCGAUGGCACUGAAGUAUCAGCAACAUCAAGAGUCACUCUCGGCACAGCUCCAAGUGGUGUAUGAGCAUCGCUCGAGGUUAGAGAAGUCUCUUCAGAAGGAGAGGUUAGAGCACAAAAAGGCCAAAGAAGAUUAUCUGGUUUAUAAACUGGAAGCACAACAGUCACUCAACAAGGAGAAGCAAGAUUCCAGCAGCAGAUUCAAUUCUCUCCAAGUGCAGCAUCAGAUGCUAAAGAACCAGCAUGACGACCUGAAGAAGCAGUAUUACGAGCUGCAUGACCAGCACCAAGUCCAGGGCGAGGACCACAGCCGGCUGCUGGGCGAACACAGAGAGCGCUACGAGAAACUGCAGCAAGUCAAAGAGGUGGAAAUCGCCCAACUCAAAGAUAAUGUAUAUAACCUGCGAGAGGAAAAUAAACAGCUGAGGAAAGCCCACCAUGACAUUCACACACAGCUACAGGAUGCACAGGUUCAGCAUCAGGACCUGAAGGCAGCCCACAACCAGCUCGCACUGACACUGGAAGACCACAAGAGUGCGCUGGCUGCAGCUCAGGUGCAGUUGGAUGAAUACAAGCAGCUGAAAGAGUCCCUGAACAGGGUGCCCAAUCUGAGACUGCCUGAACAAAACCCUGCCCCCCAGCAGCCGCAAGUAGCGGCCAUAGCACCUGAGUCCCAUAUUCAUGAAGCACAGCAGGCCACAAUACUGGAACAGCCACACAAAGAGGAGCCCACCCAUGAGAAAGAUCACCAAGCCACUGAGUCCAGGUUGGACCAUCAAGAGGAGGAGGUGCAUGCCCAGUCUGAGACCCAGCACACCUUGUCAGACAAAGAGGAGGAUGGAGAGGGAGAUGCCGAGAGGAGGAGGGAGCUGGCGGAGGAGGAGAUGGCUCAAGCAGGACAGCCUCAGAAGCUGGAGGAGGACCCGGACCAAUCACAGGAUGAGCAGCAGGAAGAGGAGGAGCCAGAACAGGAACAGCUGGACGAGAAUGCCCUGGACCGACAGAGACGCCAGCCACAACCGGGUCCCCAUCAGGAGGCCCAGCUGCAGCAUGAGGCGCACGACCAGGUGGAACGUGUGAAGUCGGCCUACGAGCAGCAGCAGGAGCAGCAGCGCCUGGAGGCUCAAAGGGCCGAGGAGCGCAGGCAGAUCCAGAAGCAUCAGGAGGCCCUGCAGGUCCAGAGAGACCAGGUGCUCAAGGAGAGGGAGCAGAGGCUGAAGAAGGAACAGGAGAGAGAGCAGCAGCAGCACAGGGAGGCCGACAGACGGGAGCAGCAGCUGAGACAGGAGCACCAAAGGAAGAGGACCGAGUAUGAGAACAUGGACAAUGAUAUUGUUCAAGAAGAAGAUGACCGUCACACUGACAAUGAAGAAGCGAGAGAUAUUCAUAUGUUACAUGAGGAGGAGGAGGAGAAACAAGAAGUGGAUCACAGGGUGCCACCACAUCAGCAGGGUGCUGAUGUUGAGCUGGACCCUGAGGACGACCCCAACAACCAGGGAGAGGAUGAGUUUGAGGAGGCUGAGGAUGAGCGGCCGCAGCACAGGGUCACAGAAGAGGAAGAGGAGGCUAUAGAUGAGGAAGAGGAGCCGGCAGCGCCAGCCCAGCACAUAGACACACACCCGGGCCCCGAACAACCUGCUGUGGAGGAGGAACUGGUGAUAGCUGGAAACCCAGAUCAACAGGAAGACACACUGGAUGACCAGUACCAGGAGGAAGUAGAGGAUGAGGCUCAGGAGGACAUAGCUGGUGGGCAGAUUAGAGAGGAGGAGGUGGAGGAGGAAGGAGAGGAUCCAUAUAACGAGGAGAAUGUAGAACAGGAUGAAGUAAAAAACCAGGAGGGACCAAGAAAGGAGGGAAAUCACAGAAAAGAGGAAGAGAAUUACGAAGAGGAAGAAGAGGAAUUAGAGGAAGAAACGGCCGGUCGAGACAAGGGAACCAAUCGGAGGGCAGAGAUGUAAGACGGACGCAGACUUUAACCAGUUGCAGUGCCUUUUUGGCUGCCCAUGGAGCCUAUCAGGUCUUUCCUUCCCUUGUUUCCCAAAGGAAUAAAACCAGCCAUCCAUUCAGAAUCCCAAUUGGGAUACUAUGCCUGGAAGAUGGGAUGCUAUUUCAAACUCAGUGGGGAUGGAACUGAGCAGCUCACACUGCGGAAAUGGACAGAAUUCUUUGAGCAGAAAUGGGACGUAUACUGUAAUUAUUAUUAUUAUUUUUAAUUCAUUUACUUUCCUGUCUACUCGCAUGUCUGCCUGAUUGCCUGUCUGGUUCUGUUUCUUUAACAGCAGACAGGCAGAGAAUGUAUUUCUAUCAUGUGCUACCUUUGAGUAAUGUGUAAAGAAAGCAAAGAUAAAUUAUGUUAUUCUGAUGUCCUCAUGUUCAGGCCUUUUUAUAUGUAUGUUUUAUGCAAACAGUUGUAUUCUUUGUAGAGCUCAAAUUUAAAUGUACAUCUUGUCAUUCCAAUCGAUCGAGUUGUUUUCUGUUAUUUAUUGUUGAUUGUAACAACUCUGACAAUCUUAAAAAGGUGCAACAUUUCUUUUUUCAUGUCACCUGACUCGUUUGUGUCAUAAUGGCUUUUACCAACUUCUUGAAGCUGAUGCACAGGAGUAUUUUCACUGGAUAUUUCUGCAAAUGCCAGUCAAAAAGACAUUUCUGAUGAAGCCGUUCUGUGCUGAAAGUGUCACACUGACAUGUGCCUUUCCAUUCUUGGAAACCUCUUCUAGGUUUUAGUCAUUUUACAUUUGGAAAAGCAUGUCAAUAGGACAGGAGAGAUAAGAGCAUGCCAGUUAGUGCUGAGCCUCUUGCAUAUUGCUUCAGCAUAGCCUUAAAUGGAGAGCUGUUUCAUGUCGACUGCUGGUGUGAAUUAAAUUCACAAAACUAAUGCAAUUUACGUCAAAAUCUCAAAAAAAGUCUGCUGUACAAUGUAUAGUUAAAUAAAUGCUGACAAUUUGUGCAUUUUUCCACCAGUUAUAUUUGAUACAAAUAAGUGGGACUUUGAUUGUGUUGAACCAAGUUUGUCACCUGAAUGGGGUGUGUGUGCGUGGAAUAAAAAGAUCGAAGGAUUUCAGGUAA